AUGGCUUGGUGUGACCGCGGGGUUCAAACGCUGCUGGCCACCGUGGGGGCUUUCGCUGCCUUCAGCUUGAUGACCAUCGCCAUCGGCACGGACUAUUGGCUCUAUUCGCGGGCGUACAUCUGCAACGGCACCAAUGCCACCACGGACGAGACCCAGCCGCAGCCCAAAACCAAGAAGGGCGAUCUCACUCACUCCGGGCUGUGGAGAAUCUGCUGUAUUGAAGGUAUCAAUCAAGGCAGCUGUUACAGAAUCAACCAUUUCCCUGAUGACAACGACUACGACACAGACAGCUCUGAAUACCUGCUGCGUAUCGUUCGUGCCUCCAGUGUGUUCCCCAUCCUCAGUACCAUCCUGCUGAUGCUGGGCGGCUUGUGUGUUGGCGUGGGUCGAGUCUACAACAAGACAAACAACGUCCUACUCAGCGCAGGCAUUCUCUUCGUCGCUGCAGGUCUGAGCAACAUAAUUGGCAUCAUUGUCUACAUCUCCAGCAAUGCAGGAGACCCCAGUGAUAAACGUGACGAUGACAAGAAAUACACUUACUCCUACGGCUGGUCCUUCUACUUUGGUGCCCUCUCCUUCAUUGUGGCCGAAACGGUGGCCGUCCUCGCCAUCAACAUCUACAUUGAGAGAAACAAGGAGAUCCGCUGGAAGGCACGGCGUGAGUUCAUUCGCUCACUCUCGUCCUCCUCCCCGUACUCAAGGAUACCGAGCUUCCGUUACCGCCGGCGGACGUCGCACGCCAGCUCUCAUUCUACAGAGGCGUCCCGGGAGAACUCGCCGGUGGUCGGUCUGAAGGGGGCGCCAUCCUCCAGUGGGCCCCUGGACGAGCUGUCCAUGUACGCCCUGGCGAGGGAUAGUGUGACGGAAAACACGUACAGCCCUGAACAUGAGGCGGCUGCUGAGUUCCUCCAGGUCCAUAACUGUUUCCCCAAUGAUUUAAAGGACGGGGUGAAUCGCAGGACCACACCGGUGUGAGUGGCAUAUUGUUGGGCUCGAGGUUCACCUGGUGGAGGAUGAACAGGAAAUUCUGGAAAAGUCAUUGGGCUGACCUGCUGGGGCCUGAGUGCUUGUGAUAGCCUGCCAUCUUAGAGGCACAGAUUUCAGAGAGACUGUCCUUUUCGAAAGGACCAGAGGGAGACGAGAGGACGGUCAGCUGGAUAGAGGAUGAGCCAUUUAAGAGAAGCUGAUUAUUUACCUGCUUGUAGAGACCAUCAAAGCAGAAUAGCGUUACCAUUGUCU